AUGGGCACCAUAGACCUCUUCCACGAUCUGCAUUGCGUCGACAUGAUCCGCAGAUACUCCUACAUCGAGCACUACCCUGAUCUCCAGAACACCAUGACCACACGCCCCCGCUUCUUCCGCGACCAUCUGAACCACUGCCUCGAGAUGCUGCGCCAGAACCUCAUGUGCCACGCCGACAUCGCGUUCAUCACGUACGACUGGGUCGCCGGCUUCCCCAAGCCGUUCCCCGACUUCAACACCGUACACCAGUGCCGCGACUUCACAAAAAUUCAGCAGUGGAAUCGCGCGAACCGCGUCCGCAUCCCGCUGGAGCGCAUCCAGGCCACGCGGAAGGACAGCGAGCUCUCUGCCGCUGUCGUCGAUUUGAACGGUGUGCUCAUAGCCCCUGGCCUCGGUAUGGGCGGCGCACAGCCCAACUGA